AUGAAUAUCUUCAUUUUUAUUGUAUUUAUUAUUCAAAUUGGAUUCGUUUUUAAGUUGAACAAUGAAACUGUCGCAUCUCUACGAAUCGAAAGUAAUGUUCGUACAACAACAGAAUAUAUGUAUGAAUUAUUUUCAUUCAGUCCAACAUUUGUUCGACCUAAUGGUGAUACAAACCAAUUAUACUAUUAUCAUGCAAUAUCAGUAAGAAUCUUUAUGACAGGAGUAUACACUUUUACAAGCAAAAGUGAAAUAGAUACAUAUGGAUCUUUGCAUAAUGAUGCUGUAGAUCUAUCAAAUCCUUCGAAGAGUAUGAUUGUAUAUGACGAUGACAGUGGCGAUGGUUCACAAUUUCGAAUUAGUCGUGAUUUACAAUCCGUUGAAGGUCCAGCAUCGGUUAUACUCACUGAGAAUUUUCAUUUAAUUUCGGAAUCAACAACACCAACAAUUACAUCUACCUACUCGGGUAUCUUACCUUCUAACAGCCCAUUAUUCUCUUGA